UUCCGUUUGGCAGUGACGCUCAAAGAUCCAACUGGCAGUGUCGUUCGCUAUGGUCGUUGGUCUCUGAAAGACGCUAACCCCUACUGUGGCAGUGGCAGUGGUAAUUGAGUCCUCAUAUGAACCUGAGAGAGACAGCCAUGGAGAGACCAGAGAGCGGUCUAGAAGGCCCUGUCACCAUGGAAGUGACUGUAGAGAUUCAUCAAGACCACAUUUAUCAAAAACCAGUUCCAGUUGAGGUGCUUAAUGUGUUGCCUAUAGAAGACAUAGCAGAACUGGGUGGUGUCACCAAGAACUGCAAGUAUUGCAGACAACCUGUUAUGUGCUCAGUAAAGCAUAUGCAGGAUCGGCAUUUAAAGCAUGCCAUACAUUUUGAAUCCGAUGGCAUUGAAAAAUUCACCAUUCCCUGUUUUUGUGAAAUGGGAUUGCGAGAGAAGAACAGGUGCCAUUGGCAUUGUCCUAAGUGUCACCAUAUUCUGAGCCGUGCUGAUAGUUUUAAGCGGCACCUUUCCCAACACGGAUUUGAAGUUACUGACCGGGAAGGGAGACCCCAAGUGGUGAAACAGUGUAUCUACCCCACGGAAAGGACUCCAGAGAGGAAUGAUGAACACAUUAGUCAGACUGACAAGUCCUCUUAUGAACCUGAGGGCGAGAGAGCUGGGGAGAGACCAGAGAGCGAUCUGGAUGGCUCUGGCCCGAUGCAGAAUGACGAAGACAUAGACGAGCUUGUAGGGAAGGCUGCUGACAGCAUGGAAGUAGCUGCAGGAAUUCCUGAAGACCACAUGUAUCUUAAGACUGACUAUAAAUCUGGAGAAAAGAAGGUUCCAGUUGAGCUGCUUGCUGUGUUGCCUACAGAAGACAUAGAAGAACUUGGUGGUGGCACCAAGAACUGCAAGUAUUGCAGACAACCUGUUCUGUGCACAGCAAAGCAUAUGAAGGAUCGGCAUUUAAAGCAUGCCAUACAUUUUGAAUACAAUGGCAUUGAAAAAUUCAUCAUUUCCUGUUUUUGUGCAAUGGGAUGGCGCGAGAAAAACAGGUGCCAUUGGCAUUGUCCUACGUGUCAGCUUACUAUAAGCCGUACUGAUGCUUUUAAGCUUCACCUUUCCCAACAUGGUUUUAAAAUCAUGAAGAUUAAAAAGAAACACAAAGAAGUACGACUGCUGAAGCACCAAGGCCCAGCAUUUGACGAGGAAGACCUAGAAAAGCUUGUGAGGCAGCCCGCUGACAUCAUGGACACGACGGCUGAGUUUCCUGAUGAGGUGUCCUCAAAAGAGAAUAAAGCGCAAAGUGGUGGCACCAUGAACUGCAAGUAUUGCAGUAAACCUAUCCGCUGCACACAAAAGCACAUGCACUUUCGGCAUUUAAAUCAUGCCAUACAUUUCGAAGUCAGUGGCAUUAAAAAAUUCACCUUUCCCUGUUUUUGUAAAAUGGGAUCGCUGGAGAAGAACAGGAGCCAUUGGCAUUGUCCUACGUGUAGUCUUGUUCUGACACGCACCGUCAGCUUCAUGAGACACCUGUCCACACACGGUUUUAAAGUCAGCAAGCAGGAACAGCAUAAAAAGGGUACCGGUUUUAAAGUCAGGGCACAGGAAUACCGUAACAAUGGUUCAGGUUUCAAAGUCAUGGAGCACAAACACCGCAAAAAAGCAUCUUCCUGUGUCAAAGACAAGUCCUCGCAUGAGCCUGAGCAAGAGCGAGAAAGAGAGAGAGCUGAGGACACACGGUGGAGCGACCUGGAGGGCCCUGAGCCCUUAUCAGAUGAGGAAGACCCAGACAUGCUCGUACGGCCCACUGACCCAAAGGACACGGCUCCAGAAAUCCUAAGUCGUAAACACAUUAGACAGGUGACUGAGUACAUCUGGAGAGCCAAGAGAGUCCCAGCCGAGCUGCCCCACGACUUGGCCACCAAAGAGAGAGAAGUGCCAGAGAGCUUUGAGCCCACAGAGACCACAUGUCCAUAUUGCCCUGGUCCCAGUCCCCCAGCUUUGGGAGAGAGGAGACUAGUGACGUGCCAUGGGAUGGUCUAUGGCUUGUCCGCAGUCACCAAAGCCAUAUCUGUCUACGUGAAAGUGUGCCGUAUCUGCAGUCAUCCCGUGAGGUUUCAGGACUACCGGUCAGGAUUCCAUAAUUUCAACAGCAAAACAAUCGUAACAAUUCCUCUCUGUUCCCUGCUGACAGCAGGACUUGGGAAUCACAUUGCCAUAGGGCAGCUCAUUCAAACGUUGGAGAGCCAUUUGUCAAUGGGCCUCCCUGUGGAUGAGAUCAGAAGGGCGUUCCAUCACUUCAACGCACUCAGGCAGCACGAGUACUCCUAUUGCUGUGUCCGGUGUGGCCCCAGCCCUCCUGUUCUCAUUGCAGACACUGACUGUAAGGUCUUGUUUGAUGUGCCAGGUGACCACUUCAAGCGUCCAUACAGAAACCAUGUUAAACCAGAGGAUACAGCCGUUAAUAUGCGAGACCGGUGGCAGACCCUUGAGAAACGCAUGGUCGCUGCUGGACUUUGUGAUGGUGCCAAGGUUGCCAAUCCAUACACCUGUCCUGUCACGUACUCCUCCUUCACACCAUGGCUUGGUGAGGAGGUCCGAGUGAGUGAUGUCGUCCCGAAGACUGAAGUGCUGAAAGGUUUAUUUCAAAAGGGCCAAUCACCUUCCUCGGAGAUUGUCUUUGAGACUGAUGAGGAAGCCGCCAUACUGAAAGUGUUGGAAUCAAAUUCACCAAAGAGGAGUGACCUGGUGAAGGCAUGCAAUGGCCUCGGAGUCCCUCUCUCCGGCAGCAUCAGUGAUUUAAUGCACAGACUGAAGGAGCUCCUGCUCUAUAAGGAGCUGCACCCGAACAUGUUUGUCAAACUUCAAAAGGCUGGUGGUGGCAUAUUCUACUUGACCUGCAUCCAUUCUGUUGUAUAUUAUCACUCUCCAUUGUGGUGGCCAGAGUCGGCGCGGGACCAUGGGGAUGCUCUGUUAAGUUUCAAGCACCCUCCCACUGUAGUUAUUUCUGACAUUGCGGGGCGAGUGGCAAAGCAUGUGAACGAUCGCACAGAUCUGCGCUUUUUCCAACCAAACGAUGGCUGUCUGUGUGAUGACAGUGAGGAAAAUGUGCAGGCCGCAAAGGAGAAAUGGCUAAAGGCCCGUUUGCCAUGGGUCACAGGUGCCGGCGUGACGCCCCAGGCCACCUGUGCAGACACGUUUCCCUGCAGUGACCGAUACUCUACACCGCACCCCGUGACGGGCACCGAUGCAAGGUUCUCUUUGUAUCCUCACCUGCAUCAAAGGAACCCAAAGCAUCCAGAGGAGUUGCUGAGGAACCUGGAGCUGGCUCCUGAUUUAGCCGCGCUGGUCAACUCUUCCAUGACAGAGCCGCUGAGCAGGGAGCUCUGCUUCAGCCGCCAUCACUUCGGCCACAUGGAGGAGGACCAUUACAAGUUCUCCUUGCGCCUGUAUUUUCACCUCCACAAUCUCACACUCAACAAGAGACACACAAACGCCCUGCAGCAGCAAACACAGACACCCCGGCAUAUUAGUGAUGACGCAGAGGAAGGCCAAGCGACUGGAAUGGACUCUGGCUGACCAGGGUCCCGCAGUCCUCUGAAAAGAAACAGGGAGGAGUUGGAGGCUACUUAAGAUGACCACUGCUACAUCAAGUAUUGGAAAGGAAUCCAUGGCAACAAGCCUUGCUACCCAAGCCCUCAGUGCUUUUGUAAAUAAAUCUUUAUAAAUAUAUGUUUAGGUGUAACUAAAUAAAAAGUUCUGGACUUGCAAUACAA